CUGUGCCAAUAUGUAAACAUAUCUCAGAAAAUGGAAUAUGUAAGGGAUUUUCUGAUAAAUUCUUCUCCAUGAAUAUCGAAACGGACGAAAAAUAUACAAUAGAAGGUGGGGAUGUUCCAAAUGUGAUGCACUAGUAUGCUCUAUGGCACUCUACUCAUGAAUAAGUUCACCACAUUAGAUAUCAGUGUACAUAACAGUCCUCAAAUACUUUGAAUAAACUUGUAAAUUACUGGGUAACUUUUAAUACCUUUCUGAUGUACAUAAGACAGUAUAUUUUUCUUUUCCCAAAUUGCAGGAUGGCACAUGGCUACUUCUCAAGUGGCAUUCUGCCAAAUCAGUAUGUACGAGUCUGCAAAAAUGCUGGUAUUGGUCAUUUAACAGAGAAAACCCUAAAGCAAAGUAAGAUAUCCUAUUUGUCACUUCCACACACUCUGUAUUACAACAAUGUAUUUUCUUUCUUGUACUUUUUUUCCGAUGUAUAGUUGCGUUAUGCUCAAGCUGAAACAGGAAGAUGACAUUUCCAAGGUUUGAUAGCUAUGGCUAUUUGACAGACAUCAACAUCAAUCUCUCAAACCAUUGAAAUGUUUGAAACCACUGCUAGGUUAAAAAUACAUAUUAUAUUCACGAAGAGUUUUCUCUUCUCUAGGCAUGAUACUGUAUGCGGAGAUCGUGCAGAGUAUGAAGGAGGCAUCUAUGGACCGUGCCAUGAAUGAGGAAAUUGGAGAUCCCGCAAAUGAGGAGGAUGUCCCUGAUGAGUCUGUCGGCAUUGUAACUGAUGCCAGACACGCCCAAAGGAGGAACUCACACCGCUCAGACAUAAUGGCACUUGGCCAAAUCAACCACCGUGUCCUAGCACACAUGCCAGUCACCAAGAAGGAGCAGACCUGCACGCAAAAACAUGAGAAGGUGGGGACGGAGCGACUAUACAGGCAACUGGAUGAGAUGGGUGUAAAGGUGUCGGACCAUGCACAUGACAGGAACCAGAGUAUCAACAAGUUUAUCCGGGAAAGGCCGCCGUACGCGGACGGCACACGGACAACAAAUUCUAAUGAUACCUGGCACGCAACUAAGGCCAUCGCAAGGAAGUUUAAACGUGUUUCCAGUGGGCCAGUGAGAAGCCGAGGGGUGUCGUGGCAUCCCCAGCUUGCUGACAAAGGGGCACCCUUGAAGACACAUUUCUAUUGGUGCAUGGCAAGGUGCGGCGGGGACGAACAGGUCCUACGGGACAUGCUGCUAAACAUCGUUCAGCACUACCAGAACCGUCACGACAACUGCCACCCAGAGUCCCGCUGCAGGGCAGACCCCAACUACCGCCCUACGAAGCUCCUACUCACAGAGCAGCGGGCAGUAGAACUCCUGACCAACUUUGUCCGAAGCCAGGACAUCUACAAGAGUGCCAAAGACUAUGUGCUGUGCAAGGACACUCUAUACGUAGAGUCUUUCAACAACUCUUGUCUCCAGUAUGUAGACAAGAGAAUAGUCUUCGGGGACCUGAACUACGGCCUGCGGAUGGGGUUGGCCGUGCUUGAUUGGAAUGAGCAUGUAGACAGAGAGGCAACCUCACGGUAUGUCAGGUAUAGUGUCGCCAACAUCAGGCAGGUACAGGGUAAGCGAAUCCUAACCGCGAAAAAGUAUACCUUUGUGCGCGAGCUGCUGCUGACGUUCCUGGCCAGGGUAAAGGCAGCAGGGAACCUCCCACCCCUGCCUCAGAGGCAGCCUCAGCCACAGCGCGAGGACGGGGCCCUGGCCUCGGGCAGCGACAACAGCGACACAGACUUCUCUGCCGAAGAUGAACCUGAAUAG